CAGUUGGCACCGUAACGAAAGCGUAGUACCGGAGAGCUACGUGAGACGGCAGUCAAGUCCUCGCUUGGUCAUCCCACCCUUCGAUCGCCUGCCGAUUCCGUUAAAAAAUUCCAUCUUUGCUCUUCCUUUCCCAACUCUCUCCUAAGACCUCGAUUCCCUCUUCCUGCACUCCUCUCCAAAACCUCGGCAAACCCCCAAAGCUACCACCAUCGUCGAUCGAGAGCGCGUCAUCUGGUCCUCCAUGUCCGGCUCUAUGAAGCUUUCUCUCAAGCUCCUCGUCGACGAGGAGAAGAACCGCGUCGUCUUCGCCGAAUCCGACAAGGAUUUCGUUGACAUCCUCUUGAGCUUCCUGACUCUACCCAUCGGCACCAUCGUCCGCCUCCUCGGCAAGAAAUCCUCCCUCGGCGCCAUGGACUGCCUCUACAAGAGCGUCGAAAAUCUCGACGCCCGCUACUUUCAGGCCGCCGCAUGCAAGACGAUGCUCCUCCGUCCCAAUAACCCGUCCAGGGUCCAAUGCGAGGGCUUGGCUUUGAGGGUCGAUGAUUCGGAGCCGCUGGUCUACUAUAAAUGCCCCAGGAAGAGGUAUAACUGUGGUUUUAGCUCGGUUCCUGGAGCUCGGUGCCCCUGUGGGCAGGUCAUGGAGGUGCCGUUUGUUGCGAUGAAUUUGGAUGGUGCGGAGGGAUCGGACGGAGUGUUCGUCAGGGGGGGAACGAGCUUCAUUGUCAGUGAUGAUUUGUCGGUGAAACCGGUUUCGAUGGGUGCGAGCCUGGCCUUGAUCCAGAAGCUUGGGAUCGAAGAUGGAAGUGUUCUGGCGAAGAGGAAUGUGGAAUUGGGUGCAGAGGAGGUUUUGAGCUUGCUUAAGAGAUCAUUGGUAUCGAAAAGGCCUUUGACGGACUUAUUUUUGCAAGAGCCAGACAUGAUUGAUGAUGCGGAGAAUUCACUGAAGUCAAUAAUGGAAGUCAUAAUUCAGACCAGAGUGAAAUAUAGAUCAACAGCCACUGAUUCCAAGAGAAUAGAUGUGAAACUUUUCCUAAGUAAAGAGAGUGACAAGGUAGUGUAUGCAGAAGCCAGGGAAGACUUGGUGGAUCAACUAUUCAGUUUCCUCACCUUUCCUUUGGGAUCCAUUCUUAAGCUCUUGGACAAGCAUUCUUCCCUGGGUUGUAUUGACAAUCUAUAUGAGAGUGUUGAGCUCUUAAGUAAUAGCUAUAAUUACAUGAAGUUUAAGGAGUGCAGUGAUAUGCUAUUGGCUCCGAAGCUAGCUCCUUAUUUUGGUUGCGACAACCAGCUGUUAGAUAUUGGUGAAAUGUGCCCACAAACAACCAAAGUGUGUCAUAAAUCCUGCUUUGGUCUCCCUUCUGCUACUAUCACAUGUUUGCACGGUGUAGAGACUAAAUGCAGCUAUGAAAUGAAUCCGAAGUUUCAGACCUCUGGUACUGGUACUGGAGGAGGUUUUGCUAAGGAGAUGAUGACAUUCAUGGUUACAGACGAGAUGGAGGUGACUCCGCUCUCACCCAUUUCAGCUGUCUCUAUCAUCAACAAAUUGAUGGUACCAAUCAACAGUUUAGAGGAGGCACAAGCCAGCCUGGGAGAAGCAGAGGUGCUGAAUUUGUUGAGGGCUUGCUUGACCUCAAGCACGGUCCUAAGUGAUGUCUUCUCGCCUAAUUUGUUGACGUUACUACAUGAAAGAUGGUGUGGCCAACAUCCUAGUAAGUCACUUCUUUGAGGGCAUCCUACUAAGCCUCUUCAGUUUUGAGGUUAAAUAUGUAUUGAUACAGUGACCAGUAUUAGAUGGCUGUAUGCUUAUUUUCUGGAUGUAGAUUCCUAGGCGUUGCUAAAUGAUUCCAUGGCUGCUUUUUAUCCAAGGGAGUGGAUGCAAACCCGUAGUUAAUUUCAUGAAAUGUUCUGCGGCCUCUAAGAUCAUAUAAUGUAUAUGGAUGUGGUUAUCUUCCAAAAUGUAUUAAUACAUCUUGGUCGGCAAUUGGAGUUUGUGCUUUUCA